AUGUCGCUAAAGCAGAGCAGCGGGCUGCUGAAGGGACUGGAGCACCGAAAAGGGGACCCGAGGCCAGAAGACGACCUCCAGUGGGAUUCUGAGGGGACUAGAAGGGUACUUCGUGGCGUAGAAGGCCGGAAGAGAGCUCUGGAGCAGAAGAAAGGCUGGAAGAGUAGUCCGGAGUGCACUAGGGAGAUCCUAAGGUGUCCAGAGGGCCAAAAAAACACUCUUGGGAGCAAGGCAGCUGUCAGCUGUCGUGCGGUCUCGGCAGAUGACUUGGGGAUCGCCGUCCGGGUAGUUGUGACCUGGGACACGACACGACAAGAACAGUUCUCAGAAGUCAUGCAAAUUCAUAACCUGAGGGGGUUUGGCCGGCAGCGUACCAACAGGAAGACUACGCCUCCCGGCAUGCGCCGCAGACCACGGUGGCCUCCCGGAAGCCCGGUGCCGGAAGACUACGCCUCCCGGCAUGCCGCGCAAAGCAAUAUGGCCGGCCGGAAGCCUAGUACCGGAAGACUACUGCCCCCGGCAGGCCGCACAAAAACAACAUGGCCUCCCGGAAGCCCAGUGACGGAAGACUACCGCUCCCGGCAGGCCGGAAGAAACCACACCUGGGAGCAAGUCUGCCGUGGAGCUGGAUGCCAGCGCGCUUCCCCUUACCUUGUGACACCAGAAGAGUCAUCACCGCACCAACAUCAUCUGUCCAUCGGGGAACGGGAUAGGAUUCACCUCAGAGUUGAGAGGACAACGCCUGAGCUCGCCUGUCUGUGCUUCUGCAUCCCAGUCUAGAGCCCUACAGGACACUUGCACAGCUCUCCGCUCGCCUGUCGCAUCACCAGUCUCGGUACGACGGGCCUGCGCCGCAUCAAACCCGGACCUCAGGUUAUCCUUUGGCCUGCAAUGUUAAUGCUCUCCGUAAGCACUGUGCACAGCACAAUUAUCCCAGAUCAGCCAUAGAGAUCUUGCACAUAGAGAGGGUUCUGAGAGGCGGCUCAGAAGAAAGGAGAUAAAAAUGUUUGUCAUCUGUGCAUCUACCCAUUGAAAUUCUUCACCAAGAAGAGCUAAGGGCUGUGAAGGACCAGUGUCCCAGACAAGAGGAGGAGGCAUUCAGCUGCUGCACUACUGCGGCACACAUUCAUACCCCUAUGCAGCACGACUUCCUGGAGAAAUGUCAGAGCAACAGAGGAACUGCACUGCGGAAGUCCACGGCUU